AUGCACGUUUCUGAGCCUCCGCGCAGCGCCGAUCCCCCUGAGAUUCCUGCGUCCCCCCCACUCCCCUCUCACUUCCUCCUUCCGCGGAAACGCUCUACAGGAUCCGCGAAUCAGAUGCUAGGAAUAAUAAAUCAGAAUCUCUGGUCGGAAGCUUUCCGCCAUUCCGCCGCCAUCACCAUCCGCGCCUCCCCGCCUUCCCGUUUCCCCGCGCCGUCGACUGUCGCCAUGCAGCCCUGCGCGCGCCUGUCCGGCCUGUGUGGCCUCGCCGCACUCGUCGCGGGUCUCGUUGCCAUCAGCUUCCUCGCGACCCACGCCAGCGCCGCUGCUGACCUGUGUGCGAACGAGGAUUGUGGGGAAGGCACCUGCGCUGUUGAUGUAGACAAUGACAUACCCUUGUGCGUGUGCAAGGACGGUUUGGUAUUCGACGACGACCACAAGACAUGUGUUGCGGACCCGUGUACCGACGGGGUGUGUGGGUUAGAGGCUUCCUGCACCACUCUCGGUCCUGCCGACUUCCUGUGCAAUUGCAACAAGGAAGGCUUUGCCUUCAACGAGGCUGACAAGACGUGCUUUGCCCCGCUGGCGCGCACGACGGUGGCACUGAAGGCAACAGGCUACGGCCUGAGGGACGCCUUCUUCUUGUCGCCGCUGCCGCCCGAGCAGGCCAGUGCCAGUGGCACCAUGGCGUGCGGCAACCUAGACAUCAUGCUGGAAGGCAGCACCACCAUCACGGCCGUGUGGAAUGCCUCCAACCCCACCUCGCCUAUGGACGACGCGCCCAGCAACGCCAUGUGCAAGAGCCUGUCGUUCUAUGCUGAGUCGUUCUGCAAGGAGAAGCUGGGGUUUACGAUCGCGCGACCUGUGAAGAAGGGCAGUUCCUACCCCGUCACAAAGAAGACUGUCAAAGGAAUCAAGUCGCUGCUAUCAGUUGGCUGCGAGAUCACCAUGUGCGAGAAUGAUUGUGGAACUGCACGGUGCGUUGUGAAGGAGGGCCAGCCGCAGUGCCAGUGCCCCGAGGGCCUCGUGUUCAACGCAGCCAAGAAGAGCUGCCUCGACCCGUCUCUCCCACCUCGUCGGGCGGGUGCCAUCGUUCGCUUCCACGCCGUAGCCAUGGCUCGUAAGCACAAGAGCGUAGCUAACACUGCUGACUUGUGGCCGCGGGAUCUCAACGCGAUCCCGUACAUUGCUUGGAUGAACAAGCCCGCCGGCCCUUUACCCGAAGGAGCGCCUGGUGCGGGGGACACCUCGUUCGAAGCCCCGCGCGACGUCCCUACCCGCGGACCCCGUGAUGCCGACCGGGACGCCGAUGACGACGAGGACGCUCCCGAGGAGGCACAGCCUGCUACCCCGGCUCCCCGUCGCGGCCGUGCUACUGCUGCGGCCGAAAACAAGACUGCCGCGAAGGGUGGAGAACCUCCUCGUGCCGCUGCCAAGACCCGCAACCUCCAUCCUGUUAAGCGGAGCGUGUGGUCCUUCCGCGAGAACACGAUCUUCGUGGCUGCAUGUUGGUUUAUGAAGGACGAGCUCGGCCCCCUCCUCGGGAAGCAUGGCUCCCCGUACUGGGCCCGCCUCGUGCGCCACCUCGAGCAGGAGAAUCCCGGGUGGGUGCGCGGCAUGAACGCUCUGCAGAAGGAGUGGCGCAACCUUGUCACCAUGUUCAAGCAGAUCAAGAAGGGGCAGAAGGCGAGCGGCAAAGGGGCGGUGUGCAAGCCCCCCUGGUACCCGUACAUGGAGCUCUUCUAG